GUAGCAGGUGCCGUAGGGAGGAGGAGUACCCACGUGUGUGUGACUGCUGCCGGAGGCCGGAGGGUUCCGCGGGUUCACAUCGCGGCGUCACCUUUCUCGUUUAAUUCAAGGGAGACCGUUUUGGGGACCAGAGAACGUUGAUUUUGCCACCCUGUGUCCCGGUUCUCGGAAGGCGAUGGAAGGAGCAGGAGCUGGGGACGGAGGAGCCAAUCCGGAGCCAGAGGAAGGAGCUGCGGCAGCAGCUGCAGCGGCGCCAGCUGUCGAGUUCCAUGAAGAUGAAGAGAUUAUCGAGGUGCUGGAGCUCAACGAGGCUGAGCCGGAUCCAGAUGAUCUCGCCAGUGACAUGGAGGACGUAGACUUCGCAGACGAGCCGGAGGCCGGAGAAAUGGCUGACGAGGAGUUCGAGACGGAGGAUGAGGGGGUAGAGGAAGGCGCUGAGCCUCAUGAUGACAGCGAGCUGACGUUCUCCAAACACACAGCCUCUGUGUUCUGUGUCAGCCUGGAUCCGAAGGAGAGCAUCCUGGCCGUGACCGGAGGAGAGGAUGAUAAAGCCUACGUCUGGAGGAUCAGCGAUGGAGAGACGUUAUUUGAGUGUACAGGUCACAAAGAUUCGGUUACCUGUGUGGGAUUUAGUCACAAUUCCAGCCUGGUGGCCACCGGAGACAUGAGUGGCCUCAUCAAGGUGUGGAAAGUUGAAGGUGGGGAGGAGAUCUGGUCGUUCGAGGCGGCUGACCUGGAGUGGCUGGAGUGGCACCCGUGCGCUCCUGUGUUAAUGGCCGGCACUGCGGAUGGAAAUACCUGGAUGUGGAAGAUGCCCGGUGGGGAAUGUAAGACCUUCCAGGGGUCCAACUGCCCCGCCACCUGCGGACAGUUCCUUCCUGACGGAAAGAAGGCGGUCGUGGGUUACGAAGAUGGGAGCGUGCGGAUUUGGGACCUGAAACAGGGAAGCGCUCUACACGUUCUGAAAGGCGCAGACGGGCACGGCGGGCCGCUCACGUGUGUUUCGUCUAAUGCCGACGGGAGCCUGGUGCUCACCGGCUCUGUGGACUGCGACACAAAGAUGGUGAACACUUCCACUGGGAAGGUUGUUGGGGUGUUCAGGACAGAAAGCAACGUCUCAAAAGCUUCAAAGCGAGAGGAAGGAGAAAUGGAGACCAACUCUGUGGAGUCGGUGGGCUUCUGUAACGUCCUGCCGCUGGCUGCCGUUGGCUACCUGGAUGGGACUUUGGCGAUUUACGACGUCUCCACGCAGAGCCUGAGACACCGGUGCCAGCAUGAAUCCGGGAUCGUGCAUCUCUUGUGGGAGGACAGCUCGCCGGUGGUGUACACCUGCAGCUUGGAUGGCGCCGUCAGACUGUGGGACUCGAGAUCCGGCAAAAUGAUUAGCGAAUAUUGCGGGCAUUCGUCCGAAAUCCUCGAUUUUGCACUUAACAAAGACGCUUCCAUCGUGGUGACGGCAUCCGGCGACAACAAAGCCAAAGUCUUCUGCGUUCAGCGACCCGACCGUUAAAAAUACAUCUCCGCGUAUAGGAAGCGAACGGCAUCUUUCGUGGGAAGCUGGAGCCGCCGGCGUAUUCUCUUACAGCAUAAAUUUAUUUAAAUGCGUGUUUUUCAUACAGAGCAGUAUAUCCUGGUAUGCGUGUACACACGUAUGUUCCAUCAUGAUGCACCAACUGCAGAAGUUAAGGGGGAGACGUAAGAACGACGGAUAAGAUCUGCUUUUACUCCUUUAAUUUAAACCAAA